AUGAAGCUCGAAACUCAGGCAGAAUGGCUCGACACGCCUGAGCGUGCAGUCGCGCCGUCUAAAUUUGCAUUAUGAUUUUUUCGGACAUUCACUGUUUACAUAGGACUCUUAAGUAAUUUAAAAUAUGUUUUGUGUAAAAUGAGAACAUAAUUAUAUCGAAUAGUUAGGUAGCGGUAGGAAAGUGUAUUUUUUUUUAAAUUGAAAUUGUGUUGUAAACCUGCCAGUAUAUUUUUGAAGCUUCGGUGGAUUUAAAUGUUGAUAAAACAGACACAAUGGAGAACAGGAAUAGAAAAAACCUUUAUUUGGUAACACUUUCAGUGUCAAUGGCGAUGGUAACACUGGGCGUGUCGUCUGCCUGGCCUACCCCCGUGCUGCCGAAGUUCAAUAACAAUGAAACCAACGUAAAUAUUACUAAGUAUGAAAUGUCUACGAUGCUUGCAAUAAAUCCGGUUGGGUUCGUCGUGGGCUCUCUCGCUACGGGCUACAUAGCAGACCGGUUCGGGAGGCGAGCCACUAUAUUGGGGAGCGCACUUCCCAUUACCAUAGGCUCGAUAGUGGCGGUAGUUGCAGAACAUGGUUGGAUGCUCUCUAUGACCACUUUUUCUUGGAGUUGUGGCACCGGCAUGGUCAGCACAGUGAGCAACUACUACUUAUCAGAAAUAGCAGACAAGGACGUGAGAGGAAGACUGUCAGUCAUCACAGGUUUCAUGUUCAAAUUCGGGAACCUGCUUACUAUGUCUGUAGGACCCUUCCUCUCUUACGAAGUCCUCAACUACAUUAUGUUGGCCUUGCCGAUGCUCUUCUGUUUAAUGUGCUGGUGGAUACCAGAGUCUCCUUACUUCUGCUUGAAGACAGACAACGUAGAAGGUGCUAGAACUUCACUAAGGAUUCUGAGGGGAUAUAAGGAUGAGAAGGUUUUGGAAGAUGAGUUGCGAGCAUUACAAGCGAACGUCAAGAACGACAUGAGCCACUCCAGCUCUGUCAAAGAGUUGUUCCUCGGCAAGCAGUACAGAAGAGCUAUUAUUAUAGCUGCUGGUUUGAAAUUAACGCAGAUAAUGACUGGCGCGGUGGUCAUACGGCAGUACUUGGGAUGGAUCAUGGCGGAGACCAAGCUGAAAAUGGAGCUAUCUCUAGCACUCAUCAUAUACGCUGCAAUUUCUUUUGUUGUUGGCAUGAUGUCAUCAGUACUAGUAGACCGAGUUGGUCGCCGUCCUCUACUUAUUGUCUCAUACAUCGGCACUGGCGCCUCCCUCGGCGCAGUCGGCUUUUACUUCUUCUUACAAGACGUACUCAGCAUCAGUCAUGAUACCUUAGCUAUUAUCAGCUUCAUUCCACUUCUCGGCAUCAUUCUAGCCAACGUUAUCUCAACAAUAGGAUUCAACUCUCUAAUCUUCAUCAUCCCUGCGGAAAUAUUUCCUAUGAACGUGAAAGCGAAAGCUAUGACUUGUCUUAGUCUUUUUGGUGCUGCAUUGGGUCUCACUGUAGGUCUUGGUUAUCAGAGAGUCAAUGAUUUCUGUGGCUUAACUACAGUGUUCUGGAUUUUUGCGGGCUUCGCGAUCGGUGGAGCCGUUUUUUGUUAUUUUUUGGUAACAGAAACUAAAGGAAAGGAUCUGAAAGACAUUCAGGUAGAGUUACAGGGUAACGGAUAUGAUGCCGUUGAGCUCGAAGAUAUGAAUAAGUUAGAGAAAGUUGUUACAAGAAAUGUUGAUAACGAAAAUUGUACCGAAACGGAAAAGCUUAAUAAGAAGGAGACGUAAUUUUAUUAGCUUUAGUUUUUAUACAUGCCUUUCCUUUUUUUGGAAGAUUCUUUUCUAAAAUUAAUUUAAUAUUUUCCAUUUUUAUAUAUACCUAGAUAAGAAAGAAAUAAGUUAAAAAUAAACAAACUGCUAUAGAAUUAGGUUAUUUCUCAAAAGAUAUCAAGCACCAAAACUCCAUCUGCAUUUACGAUAUUUAAGUCUCGACGUGUUCACUUUUGCUUGACUUCAGUAAAAGUUUACAGCCUCAACUUCGAUCACAAUCACAAGAUAUUUUAAGAUUUUUAUUUUACUUUUUCUGUAGUCUAAGAUAAAGUUUUCUUAAGUUUUACUAUUUAAUCAUUAACGUAUUGAAAAUGAACAAAAUCUAUUACCCUAUUGACUAUAUGUAUAGCCUUAAAUAUUGUAUUUACCAUGGCUUUUAACAUUUUAUAUAACUUAGGUUACAGAGCUUGAAUGUAUUGUUGUUAUAUGUAAAAAAUAAUCUUUGCUUUAUUUCGAAGCCAAUUUUUACACCAAAGGGACCUUACAAAGGUGAGAUAUUGACUGAGGUGAAGAGAUUGAAGAGACACAAAAAUUGAUUCUAGAAUCUAUACUAAUAUUAUUAAGCUGAAGAGUUUGUUUGUUUGUUUGUUUGAACGCGCUAAUCACAGGAACUAAUGGCCCGAUUUGAAAAUUUUUUUCAGUGUUAGAUAGCCCAUUUAUCGAGGAAAGCUAUAGGCUACUUUUUAUCCGGGUUCAUGCAGGGGUUCCCACGGGAUGCGGGUGAAACCGCUGGCAGAAGCUAUGAAUUUAUAUGAUAAAAAUAUAAAUAGGUAUUUACUUAAUACUUAUACAUAUUAAAUUUUGUCUAGGCUUUGCUUCACUGUACUGUCAAAGGAUUAAUUACGUAAUUUAUAUUAAUAUGUAUGUAUAUUUCCACUAUAAAUCAAUUCAUAAUUGUGUCUCUCACGUGGUUGUUUUGAUACUAGCCACAUAGUGGCGACAAAAUGUGUGGUGCGUAUGUAGAGGCUCGAAUAGGCAGUAAGUUUGCAUGUCUCCGGACCUAAAACCAAUAGUGAUAGAUAGCUAUAUUUUCGCCAAUAGUAAUAAGUUAAUAUAAAUAUACAGGGUGUGUCGUUCACAAUCACAUUAAAUCCUAUCGCAUAUACUUUAUGAUAUUCUAUGGCGAAUUGUAAAAAAAGUAACCUAAUCCAUUCAGUGGUUUAACCACA